UGUACUAGCAGCAGCGGCCAUAGCCAGUAGCGCCGUCUGUGUUGCGCCGCGGCUGCCGCUACCGCUGCCUCCGUCUCCCUCAGCCUCUGGCUCACGUUGUCGCCGUUGUGUUUUGUUCGCGUUAGCCCACCGUUCGUCAGUUGUUGCGUGGCCGGCGUGCGGAGUAGAUCGCGUGCCCAUUGUGGCGACGCGCUAAGGUUCGUCGUCGACUUCGUCGUCAGUGUGUGUAGUGUUUAUGCUGCUGUGCCGUUAGCACGGUUACAGUGAGCCUGUCUCUCCACCCAAACACCCACCCAUCCAUCCCUAACCUGAGUGCCAAUGGCGGCGAGUGAUGACGAAUGACGAGAAAUAAUCGUUAAAAGGAAUAAAAACAACGAGCAAGCUUUCGUCAGUUUUCAGUUCUUUUGACUACUUAUUAUCGUGGUAUUACGGUCCAAAUGGUAAUCGUGCAUCAAAGCGAUUAUUUGCUACGCGCAUUGUGGAUAUAGUUCAAUGGUACUAUAGCAACGCUUUUCUGUGUUACAUAUUUCGUUUGCUAUUCAGUGCUACGUUACUACUUUGUAGUGAACGCUGCUACGAUACGAAAUACUAUUAUUAUGAUUGUUAGCAUUAAUACGAUCACCGUAGUUGUUUCACUAAUAUCACAUGGUUGACUAUUACCGCUGCCGUCGCGACACAAUUCGACUGAUACUAGUUGCAGCAGUAAUAAAAAAAAGGCAUUAUUCUCGAUGUUACAUAUCAUAUCGAAACAAACGUGACACGCGAUAUCGUCCUGUGUAAUGUUGACCUACUCGUAUAUGGCAUCGUUUCGUAGUUGCAUAGAUUCGCAGCGGUUGAGAAGUUCUAACAGUGAUAUAACAGUGAAGUCGUCGUGCCUUGCUGCUGCUGCUGCUGCUGCUACUACUGGUGCUGCUGGUGCUGGUGCAAUUCCUACGUGAGAAAGACCGAGCUAUAUAUGUAUAUAUACGACGUAGGGAUGUGUGGGAAUGUAGCAUUUGCUAGUGAGGAAUCUAUCUGUCUCGGUAGCACAACUACAUCUCAGUGACGGGAACAAGACUGGUCACAGCAUCUACGGCAGUGUUAGAUAGGUCGUGCUGUGCUAUCUCCAAUUGCCUGUUGUAUUGCUACAGCCAGCUCACAUCAUCGCUGCUACUACGAGCCGCCGCAGCAGCAGCAGCAGCAGCAGCAGCAGCAGCAGCAUCCAUUGAAGGAACGAAGCUGAGCUAUCGAUCCUCUUGACGAACGGAAGCGAAGCUGUGUAAGCCAGUGUGUCUGGUUGUGCGCUAAGUGCUAAUCGGAGACGAAGGUGAACAGAAUAGGACAGGCAAGAAGACCAAGCUGCACUUUUUGAAUGCUGGUGAUAUCGAAGUGAAAAUAUCUUCAGCCAGAGAUAUGUCUCUGUAUCUAUUAUCUACUAGCCGUAGAUGUUUAGUCUUCUUCGUGUGCGAUAUCAUUACUGCUAUCGUAAUAGUGACUGUUAUUACAACAGCUUCAACAAUUCGUGUGUAGAGAAUGUGCGUGAGAGUGCUUACUUGUUGAGGGUGUAUCGUAUGUCUUUACUUUUCUUCUGCGUUCGUCUCAGUUCCUCUCGCUCGAGGAGUUCGAUUCUCGCGAGAGUUUCCGCAUCACGUCGUAGCUUAUCAUCGUCAAUCAUCAGUCAAUCAAUCAAUCGUGUAGAAUCGCUGUUUGUUUUAGUUGGUUGCCUAUCGUUGAAACCAGCACAGAAGCAGGAUCAACGCGAUACUGGACAACAACGGCGUGCGACAUCGUGUUCGGUGGUGCUUUUGUGUCUGGCAAAUACAAUCUGGUACAAAAUUUGUACCAUUUUUUUGUCUCUACAGUAAUUUGUGCGAUAACGGCGGUGGCCGCAACGGCAGCAGCGGCAGCGUCGACGGAACGCUGCAUGAUCUAAUAGGCCGUGGUGUCUAGUCGUCUUGGACGAAUGUUGUUGACAUGGUUUGAAGGCGGAGCAAAUCCUUGUUACGUUGCAAAUGUUCAUUCUCGAGAACUGUAAACGUACGUAGUUGUCCCUAGCGAAGCAGUGGGUUAAAUGUCAACGUAAUACCAUCACAUCGUCCACCCUCACAAUAGCCGAAUCAGAAUCGUAUCUAUCCUCCAGCACGGCUUAAACUCUGUACCCUUCCGCCCCCACUUCCGUCGUCCUUCUUCAUCCGUACAAUUAGCGUUGCGGAGACGGCCGUCCGAUGCCACUGCUUCUGCAGUCGCCUGGCAUGUUCCUCUGUGGCGGCAAGGGAAGUAGUGCUGCCAAGGGCCCGCCGCGUUCCCCGGGGCCUCAUCUCGGGACGCUCGGGCCACACCUGGCCGCCCACCACCAUCAUCAACAGUCGUUCCAGGUGGUGAUGGCUCUGUCGUUCUCGUGCGAGAAUCUGCGCAACCAUCUCGAGGAUUCGUUGGCGUCGCCGCUGCGACAGCGAACUGUGUCGGCAACAAAUACGAAUUCAGUGACAGGAGCGGCAGCGCCGACGGCGACGACAAUAAACACUACGACCGGGUCGGCGGUGGCAACGAGCGCGGGGGCGCCUGUGACAAACCUCGCAGUACCCCCAACAACAGCUGAGGACGCGGAGCAACGCAUCCUCAUCCUUGACUGCCGGCCAUUCUUAGCCCAUUCUGAGCGGCGGAUCGGAGGUUCCGUUAACGUUCACUGUCCGGCCAUCCUUAGACGGCGGCUCGGUAACAGACUGCCUUUACGGACAGUUAUACCCGACCGGGAAGUGCGCGACAGACUUCUAGCAGGACUCUAUUCGCCUGUCGUACUAUAUGAAGAGGCAACGUGUACACCCGGGUCACAGCAACAGCAGGAUUCGAUGGCAGCAUUCGUCGCCAGAUGUCUACAAAAUGAAGCUGGAGUUAGCAGUGUUUACAUUCUUGAAGGAGGCUUUCAGCAGUUCUGGCAGCAUUACCCACAUCUAUGUGUAUCGGGCCCAGUGACGUGUGGAUCGGGACAAGGAGUCCAUCCGUUGGGGCUGAAUCAUGCGCCGCGAUCUCCACCAGCCGGACUCGCAGGACAUGCGGGACACAAUCAUCUAUGGCCACCCACCCUUUCGCCACUGGGAGCUCUAUCGCGCAGUUCAUCUUCGCCGGCCCUUGCGCAAGCGGCCAACGGUCUAGGCCCGAUUAAUAGUCACAGCAACAAUCACAACGGCCACGUGCCCCACGCAAGCACCUUGCCGUGGUAUCAGCAGGAGCAACAAGACCCGGUCGAAAUUCUGCCCCAUUUAUUUCUCGGGAGCGAGUACCAUGCUAGUAAUAAGGCUACGCUACAAAGGUUAAAGAUUACAGCCUUACUGAACGUGUCGCACAAUUGCCCUAACCAUUUCGAGGACGUUUUCCGGUAUAUGGCCAUACCCGUUGAAGAUUCAACCAGUGAAGAUAUCGGCGUGUGGUUUCGGCGGGCAAUUGAAUUUAUCAAUGACGUCAAGGCUUCUGGAGGCAAAGUGUUAGUUCACUGCCAUGCCGGGAUAUCGCGGUCAGCUACUAUAUGUAUGGCCUAUCUCAUGGCCACGUUACGACUUCGUAUGGAAGAUGCUUACGAACAUGUGAAAAGUCGGCGCAAGAUCAUCUCGCCAAACUUCUCUUUUAUGGGUCAACUGCUAUCGUUCGAGAGUCAAGUCUUCUCGCCUCGAGGAGGGACGGUUACAUCGCACAUGGGGUCGCAAUCAAUCGUCUCACAGAGGUCUCCCCGCUCACCAUUGACGAGUCUACCUACCAUGUGCAACAAUAAUAAUUCAACGGGUUCUAGCCCAUCGCCCCGACCAUUGGCCUCACCUAAGACUCCAUCGGAGCGCGGAGGAACGUCAGGGACUGGUCACGUGACCACGGCAUUCGAUUUCUCCAUUUCACCAUCAACGUUGGCCUCACUCGUUAACGGCACCUCUAAUGGGGGCAACACUAGCCCAAGUUCAACCCCAUCACCGACGACGCCCCUCUGUCCAUCCAGUCCAUACUCACCCUGAGAUCGGAUCCGGCGGCCAUCGCAUCUCGAAUUGGCUGUGUCAGGCGAACGUCGCCGAACACGAUCUCCGCGAGCAGUUGGAAGAUCAUCGAGACAGAGGCCGCUACCAAGACCUGCAAACAUGACAAUGAGGACGACGAACCGAACGUUUUCUCGUAGCCGGCGAUAACAACACGAGGCAUGACAUAUGUGGCGCGUAUGGUAAGGCACACUCAGAAAGAGAAACAGUGACGUGAUAUACAUCGCCCCUUUCGAAGAUUCGCCGGCAUGCGUACAGCAGCGCCUUGCAAAAAAAAAAACUGAGACGACUGGCUGGGAGUGGUGCCGGUAGAAAAAUUAGUUCUGCGACGUUAUUUGAAUAUCCUCAUCGCCUGUCGCGUUCUCAUUAAUGACGGUGAACAGAUUGUUUGUGAAACUCGAACCGGAGAACGUCCAUUGGGAAAACCGGCACAACUGUUCAGAGUGAUACGCAACAGAACUAUGUAACUGACGUAAAGGGCAUUCUUCUCGCUGGCAACCUAUAUAUAGAUAUGUGUUAGGUUGAAUAAAAGAAACAAGUUUCACAGUAAUUUAUAUAAAAAUGAAUAUUGAUCAUUUUGGUAGGCGUGGUAGAUUGUCAGUGAGCCUACUUACUUGGCCCGCGAAACGCGCCGAUAUUUUUUAGGAUGCCAAUUAAGUUUUCAUGUUUUUGAAAGGAAUAAGAUUACAUUUAUGAGAUCUUUUUGAUCUAUGUCGAAUUAUACAGAAACAAACUCACUUCCCUUAUCAGCUAAUGAAACUAAUAGUCGAUAUUGUCGUUGAAAAUUUCUAUGAAACGUGAGUAAAUGCAGAUGAACGCACAGAACAACCUGUCGGCGAUGUUCAAAUCGGGCACCGAUCGACGCAAUGCCACUAGAAACAAACUUCGAGUGUAGCGGUACUUGAAUGUGUAACCAAUCAAACUUUGCGGUCAACUUGUUCGAAUUGCACUACAAGCAUAACUAGACAAGCAGACGAUAUCAGCUGUAACUACAAUACCAGAAAAAGCAAUAGAACUAGAAUAAGCAAGAAAUUACUCAACCUAUGAUAACAACAACAGCAACAAUGGUUACCGAGGUACACAUAGCCCGUAUCCACUUCUACAGGAGUGGUCUAAGCAGGCCUAAACAAAAUGAUAGAAACCGGUGAUUGGUUUAAUGGCAGAUAGAGCAGAUUGGCGCGAGACUAUUAAACCAAUUGAUAAUACGAUACGAAAUAAUAAAAGCAAAACUCUAUAUACAGUUAAUUAUAUACAUUACACACACACACACACAUACAUAAGUUUGCAAUCUUUAGCAGCAGUCCCUUGUAACAAUAAAUUGAAUAUGAACUACUAUUAUUAUUAUCGACACAUGAGAUGGCAGUGAAUGAAGAAUAAGCGGCAUCCUGCUCGAUAGUCGCCGCUGCCACUGAUAAAUGUACAAAGUCAGGGCCAUCGAACCCGGGUCUCAUUACGCAAUGUGCUACCAAUGUUUCUUCAAUGGGUCUGCUCAUCAAUAGCAUAUUAGACGAUACCAACGAUACUAAUAACAUGAACAACAAAUUGAAGUAUACAACCAUGAAGCAUCCAUUGGCAGACGCGGUGCGAACAUUGUUUCGGCUAACACAGCAGUAGCAUAUUGUGCUAAGCUCAAGUAUAACAAUAAGGAUUAUUGCUACUGUCAUCACCGUCCUAAUUGACAUUACUACUAUAGUUGCCGUUUAGGACCUCCUAAUAAUUCACGGCGUUGGUUCAAAUUUGAUUUUUAAUUCCCACACUAAUCCGUACCCCCCCUAAGUUGCUAAGAGCGGCUUCAUGAGUUUUCUGCAUACGAGUAUCAGAUUUUUAGCGAAUAAUUGUUUGUCUGUGGCAUUCAUUCAUGAAUUGAUCUGAUAUUAAACCAAAUACAAACACCAGCACUGAACCACAUAUACACCGCUAUAACGGAUUCAACUGACGUUACACAAAACGAAGAGUCAUGUAUUCAAUGGACACGAAGUUGCAAAUAGCAGACAGGGUAGAAUAGCAACGGUUGGAGGUAGCCACCGACAACAAAAUCUUUUGAUCUCGAUCAUCACAAACAAAUGGAACACGAGAAACUAAUGACUCCAACGGCAUGACAAUAAUUUAGAGCAACUUAACCUAUUAUUAUGGUAACUGGUAUAAAGAGAAAUAAAUAAAGUUAUACAAAACCGAAAGCAUAAAGUUUAUCAAGAGGAAGAGCGUGAAGAGCAGAUAAUAAGAUACCGGAAAUUUAAACCGAUUUCGAGGAAAAAUAAUGCUAGUAUAUAUCGAUUAUAUACACACUUACGUAGCUGCAUUAUGUUAUCACAUUUUUUUACUGUGUCAAGGUGGAAAUUAGAGUUGUUCUUACCCCACUGGUCGAGAGUGAGACAGAGCUGUAAAGAGGAACAAAGAUACCGACAGCAAAUGGAAAUAUACUGAAGACGUUAUAAUAAUAAUAACGAGAAUCUUACCACUGAUAUUAAUAAUUACUGUACAUCAUCUUGCCAUUAUUAUUACUAUUAAAAAAAAAAAGUUAUACUUGUCACGAUUUGUACGAAACAAACCACAAGCGUCUUGGAGAAACGGAUUAGCUGCGAAUGCAGACGUCAAUGUCGAUGAGGGAAAAAUGAAUCGUAUGAGUAUUGAUGUCUAUUGAAAAGGAACUUGUGCAGAUCUUCUUGUUGUGGAGUGGUGUGGGUGACAGUUUGAGGAAGUACUAGUUAACACCGACAUCUGAGGCGAUUAGAAGAGACCAAGGGAAACGCUGGUACAGAACUGGACUGUACUAUUGAGCUGUGUUCAAGUAUGCAGCUAGCCUCUUUUAACUAGCAGAUGCUGGCGGAUAAAAACUAUCAGCAUGGAAUGGAUAGGCUUGAGGUUCACUCGUUAGGUUAGAAGGGCAAGCUGAUGAAAAUAGACGUUCAUUGGUUGAAACACCGGUGUAGUCACGAGCAAUGGCGAAGGAAGUUAAUAAGAGUGCAGGGCUAAUGGUUCGCUAACUGAUGAUUCUAGUUAUAACUGUACUUUUUAAGUUACGAACGUUUGCAUGUUGAAUGCAGAACUUCCGGUACCUGUCACACUCUAACGACGAAAAAAUGGAACGUUGAAAGCGAUAGCGAUGUGCGAGUUUGGAUGAACGAUGGAGCAAACUGUAGUAAUGGUAGAGGGGCAGCUAAACUUCUGGGAUGGAAAUUGCAGAGAAACAUCGAGGCUCGAAGACUAACUUUAAUUCGAAAUUCGCUUUUUGUGUCAAUAUAAAACAUUAGGGUAUGACAAUUCCACGUGUAGCUGACCACUCUUUUUAGAGGGGCUUACUGUCAUGAACGUUCUGUCUGUGUUAUAAAACAUGUAAAUUGAAUAAGAGAUUCAAUUGUGUAAAUUUUGCGAAUUUGAAAGCUAAGGAUCCAUUUGAGCGCUGAUGGCAAAAAAUAACCCUAAUAGCUCCACUUUCGAUCAACUUAAAGCUUUUCUACCAUCGUCGACCGUUCCGCUGCGAAGAUGGCUUUCGUAGCGUUGGCCGUGUGGUUUCUUUAUUUUAAACACGUAAAUAAUACAAAUAAACGGGAAACAAGGAGAAAACGACCAGCUAAAGACUAUAUAUAUACCCAGUAUAUAUAUAUAUAUAUAUAUAUACAUAUAUAUAUAUAUAUAUAUAUAUAUAUAUAUAUAUAUACUGGGUAAUAGAAAGGCAAACAAAUUCAACGGUGUUUUAGAAGGGCCAACAGUGCCAGAAAAACCAUUCUGGAUGGUAGGAAGGAGCGAUGCCGUCUACCUUGUUCACAUGUAAACAGCAUGUAUAUAUACAACCUGAAUAUAUUAUUAUUAUUAUUAUUAUUAUUAAUAGAGAGUAAAAUAGAUAACAAACACUAAUGAUAUAUGGAGUUACUGGUUAAGAGUAGCACAAACCGGUUGAUUACCUGUUAAUUAUGAAAAGCCAUUUAAAUUGACCGGGAAAGCCUAUAUGAAUAUUGCUGCUAAUCAAAGGGAAACAAAAUAAACAUUGGUUGAAGUUGGUGACAGAUACUAUUUCAUAUUAAAUGACUGGUUUUUGAUAAUUCGUAUCGUGAAUGGAGAAGACCAAAUGUAGUCAGAAGGAUAUAAGUCAGCGAUUUUUGCUUCUGCCAAAACUCGUAAACAGCAGCAGCAGCAUAACAUGAAAAGGUCCAGUGAAACUUCUGCAACAGCUUUUCUGUCGUUGUUCGUAAUAUUUAGGAAUGCCAUGGUAUACAUUGACCAUUAAAUACACAUCAAUCGCUGGCAAAUGCAUGUAGAUGUACGUGUAUACGUUUUUUACGCAUACUUAUGACUCGCACGUAACAGACCUUCCACACAAUUAACUAAGAACUUCAUUAUCUGAUUAAAACUACUAUGUUAUCUCGUACUACGAUUCUGUACGAAAUAUGGAAAAAUGCUGGUAGGACACUUAUGGUAAUAUUGUAGUUCGCAGUCGGGCAAAUCAUUUACGUGAUCGCCCCCUAGGAUUUGUGUUAUUUGUUAGAAAAUCACUAACGAGGCGGUUCCAAAACAGGUUUAGGCGACGCACAUCUGUGCAAAAAAAAUACAAAGCAAGGAAAACUAAGCAGGCUACUUUAAUAGAAAUAUUGUUACCAACAAUACUAUGCCCCAAUUUUCUAAGCUGGACCACAUGAUUGACCAACAGAAUAUAUAUAUAUAUAUAUUGAAGAGAUGGAGAGCGCACGUGUGCUUCCAUUUCAUUCUUGUUUACUAACAACACUAUUUAUUAUGAAAAUUAUUUAUACAGGAUAUCAUAAUUGUCACCGUGAUUCCUGUUGUUUUCACAGUAUCGAUUAUCUAAUAUGUAUUAGAGUUUUUUUUUUGUUUUUAGCCACCGACAGAGUAGCGUUAGUAGCAGAAGCAAACAAUAUCGAGGCGAAAAAAAUGGCAGGUUUGGUAGGUAGUUUGGUAACGUAACUGCGUUAACAUGGAGCAGGGAAACAGCAGAAAAUGCCAGUUUACUGUUGAAGCCUACGUGCUGCUCAAUAUUUGUAUUUAGUUUUCGGGCUUGAAGGCAUGGGAACAGAAAAACGGGGUGAGACAGUAGAAAAAGUGGGGUUACGUGUACGUUUGGAGUACGAGUGAAGAUGGCAAAGCAAACGAAUAGGUGGCUCGUAUUGGCUAAAAGGCAUCUGUUCAUACAUGGAAAAUCCUUCUGUCUUUUAUGUUCCCUAUUUGUGGAAAAGCACGCGGAGAGGAUGCAUGGUUCAGAAGAAGUGGCAAAGCCAAAUGAAACGAUAUUGCCUUGAAACGUAAUAGUAGUAGUAGUAAUAAUCAAGUAAAUAUAAAAUAAAGACGAUAAUAAUGAACACGACGAUAAUAAUCAUUACAGUAAUCACUAAUGAUACUAUAUGCUGCUCUGUGUGUAUUAUAAAUAGCUGAAUUAAUACUAUUUCUCUUUCUCUGCUUGUCUCUCUCUUUCUCUCCGUGUCUCUCACUUUCUAGGGAGAUAGAUAGUAAAACAUGGCGAAAUCGAGCGGGUGUGUGGCGGAGAGAGAGAGAGAGAGAGAGGAUACGAGGCGCAAGUGUGGUGAACGUCUAAGGUACAGCAAUGAACAUGUAUGCUAAUAGUGGUAAUAAAGAUAAUGAAAAUGAGUGUGAAGAAAUGAAGCUAUGCUGAUGAUGAUUGCAUAUGAAAACAACAACAAGACAAAAAUGGCAAAAUGACGUCGUAAACAAAUGAAUAAGUUCUAAGA